AUGUCCCCCCUGCAGCGUUCCCGUCCAUGUCCUCCGGCCGAUGCCGGCAUCUGUCUUCCGGGUUCCAUUCCCUGCGACAUCAAGACGUACGGGGACAGAACCGGUGGGAAAUUUAAAAAUGUCAAAAAUAAAACAUUACUGUAUCAAAGCAUUUCACAUACAUUUUGUCUCUAGUGCUUUGUCCUGUGCCCUGCCUGCAUUUUUACUGUUCUUUCUGCAUUGAAACUGAGAAAUGUCCAUGGUGUCCAAAAAGUGUCCCUUUAGGUCAAAAGCAGUUUUACACCAGCUAGAGAACAGCAAUAGUAAAUCAGAACCACUUGCAGAAUUGA